AUGUGGGGGUCUGUGGCAGUUGUCUGGGCCAUCUGUCUGGCUUGCAUUCAGCCUGCUGUGUUCCCAUGGAUCCUCCCCUUCAGGUCGAACAAGGACAGGCCUCGCCCAGCUCUUGGAGCUCUGACAGAGAAGGUCGAGUGCUUCUCAGACUACAUGACCCUGCAGAUCCCGAGGAGCCGCGUGCAGGGUUUGAGGCAGUGGCUGGCCGGAGUCCUGCGCCUGCCGGGCACCAAGAGGGCCCCCAACGACCUGGAUGCUCUUCUUACCAAAUGUGGUUACCUCUUGCAUCCUGCUCGUGAGGGAGGCUUCAUCUUCAGAGCGCUGUACUCCGGUUGCUUUGUACAGAAAGAGAAAGCAAAUUACAGGUUGGAAAUCAGAAUGUUUCAAAAAGGGGCAAAAAAGUCGGAGCAGAGCGAUUGCUACAUAAUGAAGUGUCCCGUGAUGGAGGCGAGGCUGGGUGAACAGAGCGUCCGCUGCCAUCCCUCAUUCAUUCAGGUCUCAAGGCCCUGGCCUCCGAGGAGUGAUGGUGGACAGACACCGUGGCUGCUGUCCCUUCGAGGGGAGCUGGUGGCUUCUCUGGAGGAUGCCAGCUUGAUGGGGUUAGAGGCAGAUAUUGGCACCACCACGGUCACCAUCCAAAGCCCAAGACAAGAACUUCUUCAGAGGCAGGAGGUGUGGAACACCUCCCUGGAGCUCCUGCCACUCUGGCUGGUGAGCGGUUCCUACGCCUACUCCUUCGAGGCUGCGUGCCCGCUGGUGUCUUCCCAGCCAGGGUCAGAGAUCACAGUUCACAUCCCCAAGCAGAGACUGGGUCUGGUCAAAAGAGGAUCCCUCGUGGAAGAGUCUCUGAGUCCCAGGUUCCUUCAGGUACAGCAGUCUGACACCUUCACAGUGGCUGAGGACAGGGACUUUGUGGUUGUCAGCAUACCAGCAAAGCCGCUGCUUCAGGACCAGCCAUGCCAAGCGGCCAGAGAAUCCCCAGGGACACAAGCAUUCUACAGGGUGGACCUGAGCCUGGACUUUGCAGAGAUGGACUCCCCAGUGCACUGGACAGUGGAGAACUUUUUCCAGUGUGUGGGAUCAAGAGAAGAGUCGCUUGUCUCAACAGUCACACCAAGGACUACUCUUCCCACCCUGUCUCCUGGAUGGGAGACUACACUGGCAGAAACGCCAUCCGCUGCCUCUUCCCGGCUCCAGACCCCACAGAUGGCUGCCCUGGAGGAGCCCCUUCGGCACUUUGUGCACCAGCCUGCUAAGGAGUCCACCGAGCAGGAACUGGCAGUGGCAUUUAUGGAAAUAACCAGCCCUGCAAGAGGAAGCUGGGAGUCUUCCCCCUCCUCCACUGCAAUGCAGGAGCACCAAGCUCCUCAGAUUCCUCCAGAGAAAGCAGACCUAAGUCCACAUGCCCAGACUCCCGCUACGCUCUUCUCAGAUCACACUGAAGUUUUCCAGGCUGACCCUGGCCCUUCACAUUCGGUUUUCCUGGCUCCCAGUUCCCUAAGUACACAUUUGUCUUCAGAAAUCCCCUCUUCUCCAUGGCCUUCCUGGCCAUCUGAUGGGGCCCAAACGCUCCUGAGUUCUGAACCAUCUGUUACACCAACUGACCUUCCAAGAGCUACGGGAGCUGAGCAGGACACUGUUCAGCCAUCAGGAAGUCCCUUCACACCAGGAGAUUUGUCAAACGAGACAGUGAGUUCAACAGAGUCCAUGGAGCCCUUCCUGAGGGAGCCUGCUCACAUCAGUGAGGAGUUUCCGCCAUUGACAAGACCCUUCAUGAGCAGCCUGGCUGAAGAGGGGUUGAUUUUCCACCAUCACCCCAAGAAACCUCAGGAGAGACUCAUAAUCAAGGCUAAGAAACCUCUGCAGAAUGACCAUGAUCCCUCUGGAGAGGAGACCAGAGGGUACCUGGACCUGUCAACCUCAGAACCAAGCCAGGAAAUGACAGGGCUGGGGACAGAUGCCACAUUCACCACCUCAAGAAGGAGGCAGCCAGAUGCCAGGGCGUAUCUGGGGCCCUCAAGUCCAGAGCUCACUGGGAGGCACAGGGUGGGCCCAGCAGCGCUCCAGACAAUACUUCCCAAGGGCCUUCUGGCUUCUACUCCUGAGAAGCCUGCAGCCCCUUCUGAAGGAGGUGUAGAUAGAACUCUACAGCGAGAGUCAGCACCUUUGUGGCCUGCGGGCUGGCAUGAUCUAGGGGCUGCACACACAGCCAGUCCCCUGCCUUCACAUACCCAAAGCCUUCUGGCUCCUACAGAAGCCAUAUUUCCCCCCUCUGGUGAACCUGGAAACACCCUCCCUGGUGGUCAGGAGUCAAUGGAGUCCAGGUUGGCCCCCUCCACUGAUAACCAUCAGCCUCCAGAGCUUUAAUACGCGUGGAG